AUGUGGUCGUCCAUGACGGAGAGCAGUGGCGCUGUCCCAACCCACAUGCGAGGGCUGUGUACAUCAAAUGCGGCGUGGCGUGGUCAUGAAGACCACCAUCAUCCCACAAAGCCACUAGCAAGUGCUUUGCGAGUGCUCUUCUUUCGUUCCGCCGCUUUCGAUCUCGUAUCGCUGGCCGCACAGGCAAUGGAGCGCAGAAGAGGCAGCGAGAAGCUCAGCCAAGCUGGCGCAUCCAGUCGUGGAGCCUCAGUCAAGCGGCGUGCAGCGGUGCAAGCUGCCAACGACCUCUCCCUGUACUAUUUGCAUUCACUGGCUGGUGUCUCUGUCCGAGCACACACGAAGGAAAGACGCGCUGAUUCUGGCUCUUCACAUUCACGCAGGCUUCAUCCCGUUAGCCAGCGUGCAUCGUUCAUCGCCUCAGAUUCUUUACAGGCUCCAGGCUCAGCCUCUCUCUCAUCAACACGAUAUCGAGGCUCGACGGUCUCCUCCACCUCCUCAUCCCGGCAGCCUCGAGCGAAGGCGGGACCUUCUCUCGCACCGACGUUCGAUCUCCAGAUCCCUUCAACGUCUCAACACCAGCACCGACUUCCCAGUCCACAUUCUCGAGAACGUUCACUUCAGCAAUCUGGUUCUCCCAAAAUCUGCGAGUUCAAGGACAGCGAGACAAGACUUUCUACCAGUCUUCACAAGACCUCGCAGGCCAGUCCAUCAGCUUCAGCAGAGCUUGUUCCCGGUCGCUAUCUCGCAGAACGCUACUCCACCUCACAUUGCCGUCGUGAGGAGCUUCAGGAACUGCUGUCAUCGCCUCGCGCUUCCGAGGCCACGCGUCCCUCCCAUUCUCAUGAGAUCUGGUCGCUGGCUCUGACCUCCACCAGCUCUCACUCGGCAAGUGCUGGCAGUCCCACCCCCUCGCGUCGUUCUCCCUCAGCUUGUGACGUCCAAUUACUUGACCUCGUCUCGACGAGCGUGCGGCACCGAAGGGGCCGAAGUCACGGUCAAGACGAACGAUCACCUGCAACCAGUCGCUCUCAAGGGACCACAAGCUCACAGCUACUUCCUGGCAAAGGCGGUGACAGAAUCGCGCAGACUUGGAACCACUCCAGCAUACUGACUAGGAAUAGCUGUACUGCGACAGCAUCCUCUCCUAAGCUUGGCUCUUCAAGCAGCCCUCGACCAGUGUCUGCAAUAGACAUGUCACCCACUUGCGCAGACCGCGUGUCAGAGCUAAACACCAUCAGCGGUGCAAUGCCAACGGUCUCUGAAGAUGCUGGAAGCGCCACGGAGACAGAGCGUACACCAACACCUCAUUGGCGAUCAAGGUUCGAGCCAUCACCUGUGGCGCACCAACGUAAAGCUUCUCGUAUCACAGUACAACUCCACAGACGAGGUCAAAGCGAUGUCGGUGUGACGUCGAAGUCUCAGCUUGCGGGUGACGGUGAUGUUCCAAAUCGCGAACAUGAAUCGCAAAGAGGCCCGACGCAGAGCAAUGAUGUAGAAUGCAUGGAGGUGCUGAUCGUGGGCGGACUUCCAGCAGCGGGACCGACCCGCCCUACAGAGCGCAGUUCUCGCUCUCGACCUCGCGCCAGCACGCUCAGCAUUCCUAGUUUUCACCCGUCUGUCGCAGACCCUGCGCCAGAGCGAGAGCUUGCCGGUGAGCACCGCGACCGACGUCGCAGCAAAGUUCUCUUUCAACAAAAGCUUGUUGCUCGACACGCACGCAGCGCGUCAAGAAGUGAGAAGGGUGAAGUGGUCCCCACUGCUUCGUCGCGACCUCGGCGGAGAUCGAAGAAGCCCUUACCAUUGGAACGCCCAGCUGUACCAGCACGUCGAGCAUCGAAGAGCAACGUGCUUGGCACUGCUGAAGUCAGGCUCCACAAAGAUCAGCUUGAGUGGGAAGAUCACACGCUAGCUACCGCCAAGCUGUUCAUCGACUGUGGUUACGGCACGUUCUCGGUCCCAUCUACCCUUCAUGAAGCUGGCAUGCGAUGGCCGAAAGCCGCUGGACAAGGUGCUCCAGCAUGCAGGAGCGCGAGAAGUACAGGACAGGCGACGCCCAUGUCACGCAUCACCUCAGAAUUUGCAGAAGAGGUAGAGGCGUGGAGCAGCUCGGAUGAAGAGGGGCAUAGCCAAGACCAACGUAGUCGACGUCAGCUGGAGGCUUUCAGUACUCCUCUGUCUAGUCCACGCACCGCUUUCGGCUUCAGCGCUGUGCACCAGGCUCAGGGUAGAAGUCGCGCUGCCCUUCGUAAAUUGCCGCCGUCUUCAUCCGCGAUUCUAUACGAGCGAAGACCUCUACCUCUGCCGCCUGUGUCUGGGUGCGAUGGAUCUGCACUCAACCCACACUGCUCGAGUAAUCUUGUGCAAGUAGGCAAGGAGAGCUCACUCCUUCUCCAUAUCGGGCAAAGAAGUACAUGUCAAGAUCUCAUGUCACGAGCCGUGGACCAAGCUGCUGCUCAAAACAUGCUGCGAGUACGCAGUAGCUCUAGCAUAUCUUCCGACUGUAGCGAAUCAACCUGCGCUUCCAGCUUGAUGUGUAUUCCUGGCGACGAGGUGACGGUAGCGAGGGAAGGCCUAUCGAAUUGGUCAUCCCCAGCCAGCUCUCGUCCGUCUCUAUACUCACCUGAUGCAUCGCCAAGCAGCUUCAGGGGACGCGAUCUACCUCCCGUGCUCACUAUCAGCCCCGGACACAGUGCCGACCUCAACAGAACCAGCCUUCAACAGGAGUUGUUCGCUGCGCCGGGCAAAUACCGUAAGGCAUCGGACCAUAACUCAGGCACAGCAGCCCGGCACCUCACCGCCUCACGAGAAGGCGAGAGCAGGCUGGGACCUCACACCCCAGUGCGCGCCGGUAGUCUGUACAAAUCAGCACCACAAUCCUGGAACCCUAGCGCCACACUGCUCGGUGCAUGGCUGGGUGACAGUGAUGAUGCCUUGACGCCCCGCUUCAUCGACCCGUUCUCGCCGGGGCGCGAGCCUCUCAAACACGAGCCAAUGCCAGUGGUGCCCCCCAAAGGCUCUGCCAUGUUGCGACUACAUUCUACCCCAGUCACGGGCACUGGCCCCGCGGCAGGAUUUGGAGAUUCGCGCUCGCUCGCUGCUUUCGUCGCCGAUGCUGAGCAGAGCGCAGCAAGGAGCCAGUCGACUCCAGACGCGGCGCCCACCAAGACGGGCUCCACAUUCUUUAGCCGCUUCGAGCGUGCAUCUCGAAGCACAGCACCUCUACGUGCCCGAGCGUCGGAUGCGUCAAUUGAUAUCUCUCGGAGACACGGCGAUUCGGACACAUCGAGGUCAUCGAGCCCCUAUCUUCAGCCAUCUGCGGCGGCUUCGCAAUCGCGACUAGGAGCCAAAAGCUUCGGGCGUAGCAGCUUCUCACGCCUGCGAGCAUCUGGUAACGCUGGUCUUGCUGCACUCGCAUCGGUCAUGGACAAGAACCCGGGUGGAACAACAUCGACCGGCCGAGCGCCAGACGAUAGCGGGUAUAUCACCGACGCUCAGAAUCGAGAGCCAGCAGCUGCCAAAUCAAGUCAUAGUUUAUUAUCAUAUGCCGGAGAUUCAAGCAGUCUCCCACUUGGAGUGAGCCGAUCGGGAUCUCGACUUGGCCUCACGAACCUAGGCUGGUCGCGAGAUCGCAAAGACUCUAGCAGGACAUGUGCCGACCAGAACCCAACGCGCUCCCGCACACCUAGCAUCUCACGUGCGCUUUGGGCUUGA